ACUGCUGCUCUUUCACUUCUCAGGCAUCACCGAGAGCUCAGCACCCAGGCUGAACUCUGUACCAUUCAGAAGAAUGGAAGCUGAUGCAUCUGUUGACAUGUUUUCCAAAGUCCUGGAGAAUCAGCUGCUUCAGACUACCAAACUGGUGGAAGAACAUUUGGAUUCUGAAAUUCAAAAACUGGAUCAGAUGGAUGAGGAUGAAUUGGAACACCUUAAAGAAAAGAGACUCGAGGCACUAAGGAAAGCUCAACAGCAGAAACAAGAAUGGCUUUCUAAAGGACAUGGGGAAUACAGAGAAAUCCCUAGUGACAGAGACUUUUUUCAAGAAGUCAAGGAGAGUAAAAAAGUGGUUUGCCAUUUCUACAGAGACUCCACAUUCAGGUGUAAAAUACUAGACAGAUUUCUGGCGAUAUUGUCCGAGAAACAGCUCGAGACCAAAUUUUUGAAGCUGAAUGUGGAAAAAGCACCUUUCCUUUGUGAGAGACUGCAUAUCAAAGUCAUUCCCACACUAGCACUGGUAAAAGAUGGGAAAACACAAGAUUAUGUUGUUGGGUUUACUGACCUAGGAAAUACAGAUGACUUCACCACAGAAACUUUAGAAUGGGGGCUCAGUUGUUCUGACAUUCUUAAUUACAGGUAACUUUUAACAAAAGAAGAGAUUGAUUUUAAUUCAUAUAUAGUUGAUAU